AUGAGCCAACCUGUUGACAUCCAUACCAUCCUCGAGAAAGGUUAUUUUUCAACCUCUGGGGGCAAGAUCAGCCCCCCCCCCACUCGACUGCCGUCAUCGCCGCCGUCGCCGACACCGCCGUCGCCCCCGAAACACACCACCCUCCUGCGAGACCGCGUGCACGUACCGGCCAUAGAGCCGAGGGUGCCACGAUUCCGACCGCCCCCACCAACGGUAGAGGAUGAGGGUGAGUCGCUAGAGAGGGAGUUUCGUGGUGCUGCCAUCUACGACGAUGCUACCCCGGACGACCACGUCCGCGAGAGGGGCGAGGUCAACCAGUGCCCCGUGCUCGUUGAGGUGCACGAGCACAACCCCGAGCGACGCUUCGUCCUCCUCUCGAAUUCAUCCGACAGUACCACCACCACCGCCGCCGCCGCCGCCGCUACUACCCCUUCGCGACCGGGCAGCACUGGCGUCAAGAAGAAGACUGAUGGGGCAACUACCCCUACCCGGUCGGAACGACCAAGUGCGCCAUCGUCCAAGCUGUCACCGACGGCGGGCGGGGAUACUGAACAACCACCCCCGCUCGAACGAAAGCGAAGCAGACAAGACCUGCCAUCCCUCGACACGGAUAUGCGCCAGCCUCCCGUCCCGGAGCACCAUCGUACCCAAUCUGCUGCGGGGCCCAGGCCCACCAGCUUCUCCGCGAGGCCGUCGGUACCCGUGCACGAUGAGAUGCCAUCCCCCGACGUGACAAGUAAUGGUCUACCGAGCAGGAGGGAAAAGGCCUACUACAGUGCCGACCCGUAUCCGAUAUCUGACAGCCGACGACUCGCAACGCAGAGAAGCUACUCGAACCUAGUUGACGAUCGCCACCGUGACAGGCCCCAACGCCAGGAGAGCAUGACUCCAGCCCCCGGCGGCCGGUCCGAGUCGACGCCAGACCCGCGGAAACUGCGAAGGCGUGUCUCAAACGACCAGAUGAGCGACGCUAGCUACGCCGAGGAAUCGGCCGCUGCGCGGGCCAGCAGACGGGAGAACCCCUAUUACCGGCGGGAGGCUGUCCCAGCAGCAACGGCGUCGUCAAAGCCAAUGGGACCCAGGCCGCGCAAGGAGAGUAUGUACGAGGAGCCGGUACUCCAGCCUCGUACGACGACAACACGCCGUCGGGACGACUCUGCCUCGAUCCACCAAGACACUCUCCCCCCGAUCCCUGCGCCGGUCCCCGUCCCCAUUGUGGAAAGAGAAAAGGGCCUCAAGGUCGAGGCCAAGACACGCUCGCGACGCUCUUCCGUCUCCAGGUCUACACCGCCGCCGCCGCCAACCAGUGACGAGCAUCACCUGUACUCUGCCGGUGUACCUACCGGCCGAGCCGGGCGGUCGCCAGUGCUCCCAACGCAGACGCUGUAUUCCAAGUCGAGUCCGGAAUUGGUGCCUGGGUCACCAGCACCCAGGAGCCCUGAAUCGGUAAAGACGACGAUACCCCCCGGGUCUCCCUCCAAGACGGGCAACUGGCCACCCAAGUUUGAUCCUGAGCGGGACCACGCACCCGUGGAGCAGGAUGUCGGCUACUACAGACGCUUCUCAGAGGGCAGGGACACGAACGGGAUCCCGGUACUGCCGGAUUGCCAGCGCAGGGAACCUGUGGCAGGAAAGAUGGACUGGCUCACUCUCCCGCGCAGCGACAUGAACAUCUGUCCAGACUGCUACCGGGGGGUAUUCGAAAACACCGAAUUCCGCACGCACUUCCAGCCUAUGCUACGGCCGGCCGACAGACCGAUAGCUUGCGACUUCGGGUCGACGCCGUGGUACCGCAUCGCGUGGCUGUUGAGCCUCAAGAACGAUCACCCGGAUCUACGACUUCUGCAGCAGGUGGACAGCACGGCGAACAAGUGGCGCGGCAGCCAGCCGUGCCCCGGGCCCAGGCCGACGUCCCGUGGCUGGCUGACCAUCUGGGACCCGUACACCCGGCGACCCAUUCCCAACUUCACCGUCUGUUACGAGUGCGCAGCCAUGGUGGAGGUCCUGCUCCCCAACCUGGAGGGCAUCUUCGCGCCCCUGGACCCCCGACAGGAGCCCCUGACGAGCGUGUGCGCCCUGCACUUCAAGCCGCAGCGCAAGCGUUUCGCCCUCUACUUUGACGCGCUCGAGACGACAGCGGACCGGGCAGCCUGGUACGGCGAACCGCCCGACAUAGAGGCGCUGGCGGCCAAGAUUGACCGGCUCAGCGCCGUGGACGAGUGCCGCGAGGGCAAGCGGAUCCCCGACACGCACUGGUACACGAUGCAGUUCCUGCCCGAGUUCACAGUCUGCGCUGACUGCUUCGACGCCGUGGUCCGCCCCCGCCUGGCCACUGACACGGUCGCCCGCAACUUCUUCAAGAACCCGCAGUGGGUGGCCAGCGCGGCCUGCCAACUCUACUCGGAGAGGAUGAGGGAAGUCUUUGCCAAGGCGUGCCGUAGAAACGACCCCAAGUAUCUCCAGUCCAAGGUCCAUGAGAGGCGCAUGAUCGAGGCGGAUAUUAACGAACAGCUCGCCAAGUUGGAUAGGAUACGUCAUGAAGAUCCUAGGGCUGACCAGCAGUUUGAGACGUUGAUACACGACUGGAAGAAGUGGGAGUGA